AGGCCCCUCUGCUGAUUGGCUGGGAGCCCACAGAGCUCUGUGACGUCACUGGCUCAAGGCCAGGCCAAGCAGGAGUAUGGUGGAGAUGCUGCCAACUGCCGUUCUGCUGGUCUUGGCAGUGUCUGUCGUUGCCAAAGAUAACUCCACGUGUGAUGGCCCCUGUGGGUUGCGCUUCAAGCAGAACCCACAAGGGGGGUUCCGGAUCGUUGGUGGGCAGGCCGCACAGCAGGGAGCCUGGCCCUGGAUGGUCAGCCUGCAGCUCUUCACGGCACGCAACAACCGCAGAUACCACGCUUGCGGAGGCAUCCUGCUGAACUCCUACUGGGUGCUCACUGCCGCCCACUGCUUCAAUAAGAAAAAAAAAGCGCACGAGUGGAGGCUGGUGUUUGGAGCCCAGGAGAUAGAAUACGGGACCAACAAGCCAGUGAAGCCACCUCUGCAGGAGAGGUAUGUGGAGAAGAUCAUCAUCCACGAUCACUUUGACUACCUGGGCGAGGGAAACGACAUCGCUCUCUUGAAGAUCACUCCUCCUGUUGCCUGUGGGCCCUUCAUUGGACCUGCCUGCCUGCCCCUAGCCAAGGCAGUCUCCAUGAAACCUCCCCAGAUCUGCUAUGUGGCUGGCUGGGGGUUCGUCAAAGAGGACGCUGUCAUGCCAUCACCUACGCUAAUGGAGGCACGAGUGGACCUCAUCAACCUCGAGUUGUGCAAUUCAACCCAGUGGUACAAUGGACGCAUUACAGCAACCAACCUGUGUGCAGGGUAUCCUUCAGGCAAGAUUGACACCUGUCAGGGGGAUAGCGGCGGGCCUCUCAUGUGCAAAGAAAGCAAGGAAGAGCCCUUCGUGGUCCAGGGCAUCACCAGCUGGGGUGUAGGCUGUGCACGGGCUAAGCGCCCCGGAAUCUACACUGCUACCUGGCCCUUCCUGGACUGGAUUGGUUCUAAAAUCGGUUCUGUAGCCUUGCACAUGACUCAACCAGCCACCCCACCUCCCCCUAGCCGAACCCCUGCCCCAGUCCGACCCCCGCCUGGGCACCAGUCCCCUGCUCGCCCUGCUUGGUAUUUCCAACACCUUUCCCGACCAGCUGGACCUCGGCCGCAGGCGCAGGCGCAGGCGCAGGCGCAGGCGCGGCCGAGGCCGAGGCCUCGACCCCGACCCCGACCACGACUCCGGCCCCGACCCCCUCAGCCAUCUGCAGCCCAAGUCCCGCCUCCACCUCCGCCUCCACCCCCAACUCCGCCUCCACCACCCCCGGCCCCACCUCCACCCCUACCUCCACCUCCACCACCCCCGGCCCCACCUCCACCCCCACCUCCUGCCAAGGUUCCCCCAGCACUUUCUUUUGCCAAGCGCUUACAGCAACUCAUUGAGGCAUUGAAGGAGGGCACAACCUUUUCUGGUGGCAAGAGCUUUUAUGACAUGGCAGCAGCCGCAGUGGCUUCGGAGACCACAGAGCUUCCAGAAGUAACCCUGACUUCCUGAUCCAACAUGUUCUCAGUGGACCCUGAGAGGAAGAGACUAAAUGAGCACAUCUAUUUGUUAAAAUAUAUUCAUACAUGUAUAAACUAUAUCCACAUACAA